AUGCAGGGUACUAUAACUGUGGCCAUAGACCCACCUUUAACCACUAAUUUUACUAUUUUCGACAACUUCGACAAUGGCGUUGUCUCCCUUGGUGCUGGUGUCGAUGGAAUUCUUGAGGUUCAACCCAACUCAACCCAACGCUGGCUUUUUGAGCAAGUCAAGCUCGAUUAUUAUAUUAUACGCGACAGCAUGAGCAAUCGAUUUUUAUAUUUUCCUGAAUUCAAGCCUGGAACUGUUGCUACUGUUAGUAAAACAGCUGCAUCUGUGGUCAGUUUCAGUCUCGCCACCAGUGCCCUCGCAAAAUUCUAUAUAAACCAACACUUUUACGCUCCCGACCUCUACUUUACCGUGGAACCAUAUAGCUCGGAAGCACCAAACCGCCUAGUAUUGAGGCUACAAGAAUCGGCAUACGGCAAGAAACGCCAGCAAUUCGUCUUGGUUAAAUCUCCAGGAAACGGCAGUUAUAGUUGGAUGGACAGUGGUACACAAUAA